CCGGGUGCAAAGCACGGCUUCCAGAGGUUUACCUCCCGCUGUGGCCGAAUGGCUGGGUCGUCGGAAGCAGGACUACCUUUGCGACCCACUCCGAGGUCUUACGCGCUGGCCAUGGCGUCAUAACCUUGCGGCGGUGGAAGUCGAAGCUUCGAGAACUACAUGGAGUCCAGAGAGACCAAGAGAGAAGCUGACAAGAUCCAAGUGGCCGAACUUCCGAACAAAUGCCCCCGCCGAGCACCCUCACUGCGCACGGACCCUGCCUUGUACUCUGGACCCUUCCCCUCCUACCGGCGCCCCUCUGAACUGGGCUGCUUCUCCCUAGAUGCACAGCGCCAGUACCAUGGAGACGCCCGGGCCCUGCGCUACUACAGCCCGCCGCCUAUCAAUGGCCCAGGCCCCAACUUUGACCUCCGAGACGGGUAUGUGGAUCGGUACCAGCCCCGGGAUGAGGAGAUUCGAGAAGGGCUGGACCACCUGCUGCGCUGGCUUCUGGAGCACCGUGGGCAGCUGGAAGGGGGCCCCGGCUGGCUGGCAGGAGCCACAGUGACAUGGCGGGGACACCUUACAAAACUGCUGACAACACCCUAUGAGCGACAAGAGGGCUGGCAGCUGGCUGCCUCCCGGUUCCAGGGGACGCUGUACCUGAGUGAGGUGGAGACACCGGCUGCCCGGGCCCAGAGGCUUGCUCGGCCACCCCUCCUCCGGGAGCUCAUGUACAUGGGGUACAAGUUUGAGCACUACAUGUGCGCAGACAAGCCUGGCGGCUCCCCAGACCCCACCAGGGAAGUCAACACCAAUGAGGGCUUCUGCUCUGUGCUACGCAGCCGCCUGGGGAGCCACCCCCUGCUCUUCUCGGGGGAAGUGGACUGCACAGACCCCCACGCUCCAUCCAAACAGCCCCCGGCCUGCUAUGUAGAGCUGAAGACCACCAAGGAGAUGCACAGCGCUGGGCACUGGAGGACCUUCUACAGACACAAGCUCCUGAAGUGGUGGGCUCAGUCGUUCCUGCUUGGGGUCCCGAAUGUCAUCGCUGGUUUCCGAAACCCCGAGGGUCUAAUCUCUUCCCUCAAGACCUUUCCCACCAUGGAGAUGUUUGAAAAUGUCAGGAAUGACCGUGAUGGCUGGAACCCCUCCGUGUGCAUGAACUUCUGUGCCGCCUUCCUUAGCUUUGCCCAGAACACGGUCGUCCAGGAUGACCCCAGGCUGGUCCACCUCUUCUCCUGGGAUCCCGGCAGCCCGGUCACCGUGUCUGUACAUCGAGAUGCACCCUAUGCCUUCCUGCCGACGUGGUACGUGGAGGCCAUGAGCCAGGACCUCCCAUCACCCCCCAAGACUCCCUCCCCGCGGGCCUGAGCCCCGUCUGUGUGCAGAUAAUAAAUAGGUUAUUUCUA